GCGAACACGCCCCUGCCUGCUGUACCCCGGAAGUAAUUGGACGCCGAUUGACUGCCCUCUAUGAGAUGAAUACAAGUGUCACCAGAUCAUGUCAAGUAAUAGAAAAAUAGUGCUAAUAUUUGGAGGUUUCGUAGCAGCCAUUGCAGCCACAUUCUAUCCCAUACUUUUCUAUCCAAUGUCGCAUCCGGAUGAAUACAGGCAAGUUCAGACGGCUAACCGGGCGGGCAUCAGUCAAGCAGACGUGCAACCUGUCGGAGUGAAAAUAUGGUCAGAUCCCUUCAAGUCCAAGUAAUGAAUCAUAGUCCAUCAGCUCCAUCAGGAUGAAUAAGCUGGGGAACGAUGUCGGGGAAGACUUCCUUUUGAACAUCAGUUUGGCAAUGGUGUGUGUGUGUGAGAGAAAGUGAGUGGGUGUAUGUGCACAGGUGUCUGUAUGUGUGUGCUUCUAAUGCAGUGACUAUGUGGAAGUAAGCUGGUGAUGGUGGGUUGCUGUUUCUUUGAAGAAAACUUUAUCCUAUGAAUAAAGUCUAAGUACAAACUUCGGUGUUAAAUGAUUGAAUAGGGUGUUAAGCUAUGGGAUCUUUAGCAUCUGAUUGAAAUGGAAACCAGAAGGCUCUUAGGCCUGGUUGUAUUGAGUUCCAUGUAUUGAGUAUCCAUGCGCCUGUUUAAGGGUACAAUUGUCACUAAUGUGUAGCUCUGUAUCUUGUACAGAGAAUAAACAUUUGAGCUGUUCUAUGA